UAGUACUAGGAAAACUUCCUCCACCGGCUGACGGCGUGACUUUGGGUUGUAACUCACAUAUGUGUGGUAACUGACCCUCAGUGCAGAGAAGAUGUUGUUCCUAUCGAACAGAACCAAGCUGUGUUCGCUGGUUUUCACGGCGGCCCGGCUGUACAGCACCGGCCCCGCAGCCGCUAACGCUAACCCGGUGGUUUACUUCGACAUUUCUGCGGAUAAUGAACCCCUGGGCAGAGUCACCUUUGAGCUCAACGCAGAAGUUGUACCGAAAACCGCAGAGAACUUCAGAGCUCUGUGCACGGGUGAACAGGGCUUCGGUUACAAAGGAUCCACUUUCCACAGGGUGAUCCCUCAGUUCAUGUGCCAGGGUGGAGACUUCACAAACCACAAUGGAACUGGAGGAAAGUCUAUCUACGGGUGGAAAUUCCCAGAUGAGAACUUCAGACUGAAGCACACCGGACCUGGUAUCUUGUCGAUGGCCAACGCUGGACCCAACACCAACGGAUCUCAGUUCUUCAUCUGCACCUCUAAAACUGAAUGGCUGGAUGGCAGGCAUGUUGUGUUUGGCAGCGUUAAGGAGGGGAUGGACGUGGUCAAGAAAGUGGAGUCUUUCGGUUCACGGUCUGGGCGGACCUCCAAGAGGAUCACUAUCACGGACUGUGGAGAGCUCAAGUAAGACUGGAUGUGAACGCAGGACCCCAGCUGUCGUCUCAUCUGCCUGUAGAUUCAAUGUGAGGCUGUUUCCUCAGUCGGAGCAGAGCCAUACCAGUCUCAACUAACAAUACAUUAUUUCAGAAACCUGUCACUUUUCACUUGGGUACUAAAAACCUCUGUUAGUUCAUUUCAGGGAAUAAUUAAGGCACUUAACGCCACAAAAGUAAAUGUGAACUCAAUGUGACUCAGCUAUAUCUUAGAGGUGUUUAUUUGCAUAAAUAAAGUCAUUUUUCUAG